GCUCCUGCAGACUGCUUGUCAUGUUUAGACACCUCUUAGGCUUUGUGUCUCCCUGCAGCCAGACGGUCGCUUCUCCAAAUACUGAACAUACGCCCAAAUAAAAAGGGAUUUACUGAGGAGCAGACGAGGACUUUCACAAAGUUCACAAUCUAAAUGCGUCACUGAAACAGCUGGAGCGAUGGAGUCGCCGGAGUUUUCCAUGCUGUCCUCCUUGAGGGGAGAGUUUAAAUCAGAGGACUACAUUCAGCCUCACUAUAAGGAGUCGUAUCGAGUGGCGAUUGAUCACCUGGUGACUGGCGGCAGAGACGGUUACCAGGAGUUCCUUAAGGAAGAGCGUAUCGGGAGCUUCCUCUCAGAGGAUGAGCUUCUCUUCAUCACGACCAACGCACAGCAGCCGGCGCCACAAAACGCCACGGAAGAAAUCAAUGAUCCACCAGAUAACCAGUCGUCGUCAGGGACAUACUGGCCCACGCACUCGGACGUGCAGACGCCAGAUCUAGACUUGGGAUGGCCAGAGGUCAUGCAUGAAAUGCUACAGACAAAUGUAGAUCUACUCUUUCACCCGCCAAGACUAAACAGCCCAACCAUUAAAGAGGUGAUCCGGAAGCAUAUUCAGGAUUCAAGACAGGUCAUUGCCAUUGUGAUGGACACGUUCACUGAUGUAGACAUUUUCAAAGAAAUUGUCGAUGCGUCCAUAAGAGGAGUCGCAGUCUACGUGCUCCUGGAUCAUUUUCAUUGGAAGAGUUUCCUCUCAAUGGCUGAAAAUCAGGAUGUAAAGCUUCAACAGCUCAGAAACAUGAGGGUGCGCACCGUGAAGGGUCAGGAUUACCUCUGUCGAUCAGGAGCCAGAUUUCAUGGCGCAAUGAAGCAGAAGUUUCUUUUAGUCGACUGCCACACUACCUUUUAUGGCUCAUACAGCUUCACUUGGUCGUCUGAGAAAAUCGACCUGAGCAUGGUGCAGGUCAUCACUGGCCAUUUGGUGAAGUCCUACGAUGAGGAGUUUCGAACACUCUACGCUCGGUCAACUGUACCAGCGGAAGUGUGUCCACCGGAGGGCUUAUUUCAACGAAACGGGUCAUACAGGCAACAGAUUUUGCCACAGUGUCAUUCUGGCCCCAAAAUUGAGCGAAGCAAUCAACUGAGACACACUUUAGACGCAGUUUAUCGCAGGACCUGGGAGAAGAAACCUGACACGAGGGACGUUGACGAGAGGCUCUAUGGAAAGGAAAAUAACACGCUCAUGCCCUUGUUUGAGGAUAGCGUUGGUGUAAAGAAUCAUAUGUCCCAAAUGCAGUCUGCAGAGGCGAUGAACUUCUGGAAAAGGCACAGCUAUGCUGGGGAGAAACAAGAUGGGUUAAACCCGCAGAACAUGUGGCCUGCAGGGAGCAAUUACAAUAUCUCUAGAGAUACAGGGAAUGUAACAAACAGUUAUUUACAACCACCACAGCUACACAGAGGUCAAAACAUGCGUCAGUCUUACAAUGGCGUUGACAAACAGCAGAACAUCCCGACACUGGAGAAUACGUCCAAGUCGUUCAUGCGCACAUGGAGGAUUGACUCUUACCUCAAAAACCCUGACGUCCCAUUCGGGGACUCUUGUGACUAUUUAGACCAGUUUGAACCGAUGGAUAAAUCUAGCGCGUUCAUGCAGGGAAGGAUGAGGUCUUCUCUUGUUUUCAGGCCCACCAUGCAAGAGCACAUGGAGCCAAACAGACACAUGAACAAUCCUUCUGUUGGUGUUGGCCCCAACACUCCUAUGCACUACUCAUUAAUGCAGCGCCACCCAGCGGCUGAUAAUAGAUUACAUAAUGAUGACCUAAUGUUAAAGAAACAGGGUAUGCGCAUUUCGGAUGACUUCGUCAGCAAUGCAGGCUAUGGUCCCAGUAGAAACACUUACCACUCCACAUAUGCCAGCUUAGGCAGACGUAAAGGUGCACAAGUGAUCACAAACCUUGGCAUCUCUGACGACAAUUGGUACAAAAGGCACAGUGUGGCGGAUCCAAGAUCAAACACUGAUUACAUAGAUGAAUCGAGUCUCGGGUACGGAAGGUUUGCCAGAAUGGAAGCAAAUAGAAGCACAGCAGAACUCAAUGCACAGAAUGGAGGGUAUGUGUCUAAGCUGAAAGAUGAUCAGAGAUCUAUUUCCCAGUAUGACUUCAAGAGUGUCACAGACACAAAGAGCCCAAGCAUUACCAUUUGGCAGGAGCCACCAUCGAGGACUGUGUCAGUGGCAGACCUGGAACUGAACGGCAAGGAUUUGACAGACCACUCCAGCAGCAUGGGGUCCCAACAUUUUCUAAAGAAGAGUUCUUCCAAAAUAAAAUCCUUACUGAACAUGCCACAGAAAAAAGAGGAUUUCAUCAGUACCAUGAAAACGCCCAGUCUCAGGUCAUGUGAAAGCACGGAUACCAUAACGGCAGAGGACGAGGACAAAUCACCAUACGGAGGACAAAAGCCUCUUCAAACCGCUACAAACCCUGUCACGUCCUUAUCAGAGCGCCUCAGGAACGGGCCAGAAGAUGACGUCAAAUCUUUAACGGAGGAACAUCAGUCGCAAAGCUUUCUCCCCAAGGUCAAAACACCGAAGAAACCCAGCGUAUUUGUGAAAAGGGCCACCUCGAGCAAAGAUCGAGGAGCCGAUUCUUGUCUGCAUAGUAGGUUUGAUGCCUUCUGCUCACUUGAAAAGAGGAACUCUGUACGCUCGAGUAACAGCUCUGGAAGCACUCACUCUCAGGAGAAAAGCAGAAGCCUCCCUAAAGGUGAGGAAGUGUCUGAACACAGUUUCAGCAGGACUUCAAGAGGACAUCAUGAAAAUAAAUUAGAGCGAUUCAUUCAAAGGAUGGGGAACCUCAUUAACAAGCACAAGUAGGGAUGGCUGCUGUAGCACACCACAGGUCACAUAUCACUAAGGCACACUUGAAUGACAAAGUUUAUGUGAAGCUAUGUUUACUUUGAAAAAUGUUUUUGAGCAAGCAGAGUUUACAUAGCCCCGACCAUUUGCACUGACAAAUGCAACUUAGGAAAGUGUAUUUCAUAUAAACACAUGCUGCCAAUGUUUGUUUUGUAAUUUUAAAGGACUAUACUGUCAAGCUGCUUCCGUGUCUGUCCUCCAGUGGCAUCAACCUUCUCCAUACUUGAGAUCAAUCAAUAUAUCGGCCGGCCGAUAUAUCGAGCCGAUAUUUGCAUUUUUUUAUUAUUAUUUUUUUUUUUACUGGUAUUGGUAUUGGCCAGCAUGCGGGUGCUUUAUAUAUUUUGUUUUUCCCUGGCAAGAUUUACAGACAGGCGCAUCCACAGGCAGCCCUAUGCUGCUGGAGAGGCUGUGGACCCCUGCAGCCCAUACAUUGCUGGAAAAUGCUUGUACUCAUAGGCCUGUCAAGUACCCCUAAAAAUAAGUGCUUUAUCACUCAGCACCAACACAUUACAGUCAUUAGUAACAGCCCUAAUUUUUACUGUUGUUAUUAUUCAGUUGGAAUUUACUAGCUGACCCUGUGUUAAAUAUUCUUCGAGUUCAAUAAAUAUUUUUUGUAAAUUGACACUUAUAACAUUUGUUAUCAGUGUAUCAUUUUUUAUUAUUUAUAUUAUAAAAAUGGUAUCGGCCCUUAUAAAUCCAUAUCAGUUGAUCUCUACUCCAUACAUUCAAAUCCUGUCAGCUAUGUUUAUGUUUACAGAAAGCUGAACUAGUGUUUUUAGUACACACCUGCAGCUACAGCUCUUAUACAUAUGACAUGUUGAAACAAAGUUAGUGCAGUCGAAGUUUUGUUCCACUGGAUGGAAAAUCAAAGUAAAGGCAUUGCAAAUGCUGUUGCCAUGCAAGGUUUCAUCUUUACAUAUCUUAAAAAAAAUGGUGCGCCACAUCCUCGUCACGGAUGUCGGACAGGUUUUGUGAAUACUGCAGGGUUUGCAAUAAUGUUGUUUACAUAAUAAAUAUCAAAAACAA